GGGUCCUAAGGACAUGUCGUGGUAGGCCUAUAGGAAUGCCGGGACGGUCGGUCCCUGCUCAAGAGCGGUUGGUGUUGGCUCAGCCGAGGGAGCCGCUUGGGCACGAAGAAGCCGGGCUGGUUCUGAGAGGCUAUUGCAGCAGCCGAUGUGUGUCGGUGAGCGGGCGGGUUGCGAAGGCGACGGAGCAGCACAACCAUACCUCGUUGGAGCUCCGCGCAGACUUCUGGGAUCGGCUGUGGAUCCCCGUCCCCGCCGCGCGGAGCACGCCAGGGUGCGGCGCUGGGGGCGCCGCCAGAGGGGGCCCAGCGCCGAUCCAAACCGCGCGGAGUCCCAAAGGCUGAUGUUUGCGCCUCUGCUAUAAUUGACCUAAGCGUGGUAGUUGCAUUUUUUGUUGGCACAGGUGGGGGGACAGGUGCAUCAGGGGGCGUGUUUGCUCCGGAGCCAGAGCGGACAGGUGGGUCCUCUCGCCAGCAGGGACGUCGGGAUGACGUGCGAUGCGACGCAGAAGACGAGAGGCGCCCACCUGCCUGCCUGAGAGCGUUUUCAAUGCUUUUGCUAGCAGCGGUGCAGAAGUGCCCCCUCGCACUUGCUGUCCUUCCCUUAGGGCCCGAUCUGUUUUAAUUGGCGCACGAGAAGGACAGGCGUAGGAGGGCGUGUUAGCACCGGGGCCAGAGCGGACGGGUGGGUCCUCCCGCAGGCAGGGGGUGUUGGGAUGACGACGCAGUCAGCGACACGCGGAAGACGGGAGGCACCCACCUGCCCGCCUGAGAGCGUUUUCAAUGCUUUUGCCAGCGCCGGCGCAUAAGUGCCCCCAGGCGUCUGUUCUCGCAUGUGCUACCCUUCCCUCGCGGUCCGAUUUCGCGCCGCUGCCAUCCGCCUCUUUCCCUCCCAGAGUUGCUGCAUUUGUCUGCAACCGCGGGUAACGCCUGACGCUCGGAUCGACGUGUGAGUCGGGCACAGGGUGGUGUGUUCGUCUUCCUGUGUUAGUUGGCAACAGAGCUGCUGGAGCUUCUAACCCGAACCCGAAGGGUAUCGUGUGGACACGUUGACGUACAAGUCACCAUACGUACGACGUACGGACAUUCCGCGCAAUCGCACCGGAUCAAAUUGGCCAAUUUCUUGGUUGUUGCAGGCGCACGUGUUUUUCAAACGAUUUGGACGUAAGCGCCAGGAAGCUCAUUGUUGCAUGAUGAGCCGCAUUUGAUGCAGUAUGUGCGAUCGGGCAGUCGGCAGUCGGCGGCUUGCAGUGGUGAUGCGAAGCUUGAGGCUUUGCCGACCUCAUCAAGCAUUUGUCGAGUGUGACUUCCAGGCCACCUCCACCGAUGGCCUGUCGUGGUUGGUUUUUGUUGGUGGUCUGUGGCGGUUUGGCGAUGCAGGGGCUGACGCCCUCCAACCGCAGCACGUGCAAGUGUUCGACCGAAAAACAAACAACACGUGGGGUGGUGUCUCUUGCUUUCUGGCCCGAGUGUUCGUCGCAGGUGCGGGAGCGACCAGAAUUCGACAAGCUCUGAGCUGCCCGUUUGAACCGGCAGGCGGCAUCCCCUGCGCCGACAGGGCCCCCGGGGGGGGGGGGAGCGAGCGGCCUGCCCUCGGCGAGGUGCGCGGGGGCGGCUCUGCGCGCGAGGAAAGACUUGUUCAGCUGUGGGGGACCUCGAUUGGGACACCCGCGUGUAUUACCCACGAGGGCAAAGAAUACCUCUUGCACAGCGCGCGAGCAAUGUACAAAGUACAUUCUCAGUAUCGUCUAGGUGAGCGGUGAGCUCUUCUGAUUGAUCGAUCGCAGGCAACGUGGGUUGCCUUCAGCUCCUCUGGAAGGUCCUGCCUUUUCCAAGCAUCCAGUACUGGAAGGACGCAGCUGGCGUUUUCAAAUGAUGCGUUGGCAGGAUCUUCGCAGUAGCACUUGCAAGACGUAGGCGCUGUGUGUAUAGCAAGACAUCAGCCAAGUGCAACGCGACCCCGUGCGCCAGCUGACGCCCCGCUUCGGGGGCUCCUCAAGCUGGUCUGAGGAUGAUGUAGCUGGCGCGGGCAUCGCGUCGGCCGACCCUUUCUCAACGCCCUCCUCAUCCUACUGGUCCUUGCAGCGAUAGUAGACAGUGGAUUCGCGCAUGGCCAGCACUUGCUCAAGCAAGCUGCAUACAUCGGUGACCAAGGUCUACACGACAUUCAACUCGAUUUGGCCCUAACUGAUUCCCCCGGCCCUGAAGUCCCGUACGCUAGUGGACACUCGGUCGCGAAAGGCCC